AUGUCGGGGGAUAUAUCUGGUUUUAAGCACGUCAUGCCAAGACUUGCUUCUACGAGAGGAAUUAAUUCUCUAACAUGGAAAUCAUUUGUCAAUGAAUCACUUUCAAAUCUCACCAGGCUAUUAUUUGCACCCAGUCAAGCUACUUCAAGAGCGCAGUCUGUGGCGGAAGAUAAUCCAGAAACCAUUGAACGUGUUUUGUCCUUCCUUUACCUUCGGGAAUAUAACGAGGCGCCCAAUCCAGAGGAUAAAUCGAACGAUACAGAACCUAAGGAAAUUCCUCUCAAUAAUAUAGAAGUAUUUAUCACGGCUGAUAAAUUCGGAAUUGAGCCUCUAAAGUCCCUGGCUACUCAAAAGUUUUCUCGGUGGGCAACUGCAAAUUGGAACUCUCUAGUAUUUCCCGACGUCGCUCAUGAAGUCAUGAAUUCAGUGCCUUCACAUGAAUCAAGCCUACGGGAAAUUAUUGUCGAUGUCAUCUCAACGCAUAUCACUGAUCUCAUCGAAAGACCAGAGAUACUUCAUCUCUUGGACUCUUUCGGGUGCCUUGGGUCACUGACCAUCGCGAACCUAGUCCAGAAUGGGCUGGUAAAACAUCCAAAGGAAAACGACGUUUUUAAGAUAUUUACUCAGAAACUCAUCUCUUUCGCCGAGUGUCGAAAGUGUUGCACGCCAUUUGAUGUAGGAUUGAAAUUUAUAGAGUAUGAAACGGGGGUUUUCCGCUGUGCUUCUUGCGGUGCACGACACUGA